GUUUACAUUUCAAUAGGGAUGUCUAGGAACAUGAAGAAACGCGAGUGCCUAGAUGCUCCCUCCCUGCAACCGGCGCCCCCGAGGGAGUCCCUGCCAACUCUUCUCCUGCUUCAGCCGAACUAUUUCGAGCAAUUAUUCUCCUUGAUGCACAAUCUCAGUUCCAUGAAAAUCCAAAUGAAAGGAGGUCGUGAACUGCCUCACACGAAAGCUCAAGUUCUUAGCAGGAGGGUGUGGGAUAUCUUAAGUUUGAUGCCUACCAGUCCUAAACUGCUGCAAGGCUUCAAACACCUAGAUAUACCUCUGUCGGAACUGUUAGAUCCUUCUAGUGCCCAAAAACUGAUGUACUCCCUGUACAUCGUCGAGUCUCUCAGUGUUAAAACGUGUCCCAGCAAGUACCCGGAGGAAGACGAGGAGGAGCCUUGGGUGAGGAAAUUUGUUCAACACGGAGGCUUGCGUCACUUAUUUGACAUUUUUAUGUCGG